AUGUUCCCGAGGGAGCCUGUGCUGCUGGGGCUCCUGGUGCUGGGGCUGCACGUCAGCAGCUGGGACUUCGAGGAUGUUAGUAAGAGCACAAAUUUCUUCGGCAUGUGUGUGGAAUUCGCUGUUUUUCACUUCAACGAGCACCAUCCCGAUGAGUACGCUUACAAGCUGAUGUGGGUGGGGAGGAGCCAGCGCAAGAAGCUUAGCUGGACGUAUUUAAUGGACCUGAAGCUGGGCCGCACGAUUUGUAGGAAGCAUGACGAAGACAUUGACAACUGUCCCCUGCAGGAAGGCCCAGGAGAGAAGACGGUGAGCUGCACUUUCGUGGUGGACUCGCAACCCUGGAUCACCCAGUUCACCCUCGUGAACAGCACCUGCCAGCAGAACCAGGGGGAAGGGCCCCCGGCUCCCGCAGCAGACCCUCUUCCUCUGGAUGACGUUCCGGGGUCCUAGGUCUGUGUGGCACCAAGGGAAGUAAAGGCACCUCAGAGCUCUCUGGCCCCUGUCAGUUCUGUGUGCUCCCCAAUGGUCCGUUUCCAUGGAUGUCACUGCUGGUGACGAGUGAUGGAGAAGUUGUCACUGUUGUUCCCACCUGGGCUGC